AUGGCGGUGAUCGUCACACAGGGUGGAUACACACCUCUGCACAUCGCCAUGCAGUUUCGCCACGAGAACGUGUACCGUCUCUUAGUAGAAGUAUAUGAUGCAGACCCAAAUGUUCGUGACUGGUCGGGCAGGAAACCGAGACAGUAUCUUGUCCACAUGGACACAUCACUGUCCCCGGGAUCAUACAGAAAAAAAGAAGGAUUUCUCCGCAUCGGUUCUCUCAACGUGAGAGUCAAGAAAACUACGGAGGCAUUUAGUAACUUCUUAGGCGUGGGGGCAACUAGGUCCUCAGCCUAUGUACCUAAGUCAGCUCGAGAAGAACGACGGUCCGACGAUAGCGACCAACUUAAGAGUUGGGGCUCUGCCGACAAUAUACAGCCUCGAGCCCAAAUCGGGUUCCAGACAUUAGAUGCAAGCAAAGAGUCAUAUACGAUACCUGUCAUUGAUAAAAGCAUUAUACGUUUGGCUUCAAAGCUGGAACUUGCCGGGGCUGUGCUCAAGUGGUUCCUUCUCUAUCUGGGGGCAAACGCCUCCUGCCAGACAUUGUAUCUGAGGAUCGUGAACUCCUUGCCCUCUAUAUGGGUGUGUAUAUGUAUGUCCUGCAUGGGUACCGUACUUGAGGCGGAGGCCAUCUCGUGUACCCCACUGAUUGAGUCUCAGAGGGCCACAGGUAUAUUUAAUGUUGACGACGAGUUUUACCUAAACCCACGAUCACGAGAUGAAGCAUGGAAAAAGUAA